AUGGGUUAUUCCUACUCCUACAUCUUCCCAAAUGCUCAACAUUCCAACUACACUUCGAAUCCAACAUCAAUCCGAAGCGGCGUCGCCACGGCUGCACAGUCAGCGGAUAAGAAUCCGAAGCGACGCAUGUCUAGACGAAUCACCAUCGAGACAUCCACAUCGGGGCAGCAAUACGUAUCAAUACAGCGGUCGCGAUCGGGCAGUCGUCAGACCAGUCAAUACCUCCACCCGCCGCACCACCAUCACCAUCACGACUAUGGCCUUGUCUGCGAAGUCGAGAAUUUAAAGAAGGCCUUGGCAGCGGCUCAGGCGGAAACCCAUCGCUUAGGCAGCGUCGUCAUCCCUCAGCUCGAGUGCCAGAUUGCCAACUUGAGUGCCGAAAAUGAAACAUUGAGACGCCAACUACAAAACACAACUGGAAGGCAUGUUCGGCAUCCUGCCGAGGUUGAGGCUUUGCGCAUACGAAUCUGCCAUCAAGACAAGGAGAUUAAAGACUUGAAAUGCGACAAGGCCAGCCUGGAACGAAGACUCGAAGAUCUUCUGCGGCAGAUAAGUCAGCACCGAUGCGGUGGGUGCGGUGGAGGCUGCAGCAGCAGAAUAGAAGAACUCGUGCGCGAUGCGGCACAAUGGAAAGACAAGUUCUUUGACAUGCAAGAUCGACGAAAUGCUCUCUCUGAUUUGGCAGAUGCGCAAGAGAGAAAGAUUCGGGCAUAUGAAGAUAUACUUCGUCGAAACGGAUUCAUUUGUCCUUGA